UGACACAUUGAACAAUAUAUUACAUUUUUAUAAAGCAUAGAACAUAACUCGUGUAUUGGAACAUGGUGUGUCUGAUAGAUUAUAUCAAUAACUUUUAUGUCUACAUAUAAAAAACGAAAUAUUAAUUAAGAAACUUAGAUGGAGGAGAGAGUCUUGUAAUGACCGGAAACAUUUGUCAGAAGAGUUCGCCUUGUGUGUAUCUUCUCUUUUAUCACUGGUGUUCAACAGUGCUUCUCUUAAAGGUUCUUUCCAAAUUCGCUCAAAAAUAUUGACUUUUUAUAAAACAUAAAAAGAAUAUCCUGACCUCUGAAAAAGCUAAUACAUUUUUUUUUGUUGCAAAGCUUGUGGAGGUUCAUUUGGUGGAUUUCUUGUUAAAUUUCACGGAGAGAAAAAGAGGGAACGCGAAUUGCUGUUUGCAUGAUUUAAAAUAUGAAUUUUAUUGUUUCUCCCAAACUUAGUCAUCAAGGAGCUCCGCAAAACUGACUGCACAGCGCACUGAAUAUGUAUAUUUUUUCAUCUGGGUAUCAUGAAACCGACAAAUAAUUCCACUUUCAACUUGAUUUUCAGAAUCUUAACAGCCUUUGGCUGCUGUGCAAGAAUACAAGAGGCUACAGAUGACAGCACGCUGUGGGUCUGAGCAGUGGACUACGUCAUAUCCUCAAUUUAAUAUUAAAGAAUUGAUCAGCUGCGUUAAAAAAAAAAAAAAAGAUCUUUCGCCAUGUAUUUCUUAUUCUGACCCAGGGUCUGGGUCUUUUUUUUUUAAUAAUAUGACAAAAUUGUUAAUAAAUCGAUUGACCGAAUUAUUAAACCGAUACUUUUAUUUAAUCGCAGAUUAUUUGGCGCCCGCAUGUUUAGUUCUCUCCCUAAAUUAAAUAGGCUGACAAUGACUAAAAUCCGUUCUAAAAGCAUAAAAGGCUUCUUUCAAAAAUUUGAAAGACAAAGUUUUAUUCAGAAGCCCCACUCUGCGGAAUAUGGAUAAUUUGCCCUUGAUGAACCAUUGCGAAUCAAGCGUAAAAUUGCGCUCUCUCUCCAUCUCUCUCCGCCCCGGUGCUGUCCGUCACCCAUCGCUUUUUAUUCAUCUCCAAAUUACAUUAAUGUCAUGUGUUGAGCCCCACGCCCCUGUUUUGCUUUUUUCUCUCUCCCCCUUUCUUUUUUAGCAAAUAAGCAACCUAACUCGUUCAUGUCAUCAGCAUAAUCACUUGGGAGAGGUCCCUGAGGCCGGGAGAUCUGGGUCCUAUCCUCUGAGGGGAGACGGAGGUUUGUGUAACUCUACUCAAACCUGAGGGGGAGUUCGGAGUGUUUGGUCAACGGCAGUGGUUCCUGGAAAAGAUCUGAAUCGCUUCAUAACCAAACCCAGCUGCGGUUCUGCUGCGGGCUGCAGCCUCUCCGUGCGUGCAUGCGUGCGUGCGGGUGCGUUUUCAUCUGAAUGAGGUAGACGGAGAGGAAGGGGUUUCUGGAGGAGAGAUAGAGAGGGAGGGAAAAGAGGAGAGGGGAAAAAAAAAAGUUUGGUCUUCUUUUCCCCUUGACUCUUUUUUUAGGCAUGAACGCCGAGACCUGUGUCCCAUACAGCGACAUGACAUCCAUGGAUUCAUAUUAUAGCCCCUCUGCUGCUCAAGGUAGGGAUCACCAGGCGGACCACUUUAGGACAUUUCCAGCUAGUGACAUCAAAUACAGCUCCACCGCCUUCCUGUCCAGCAAAGGUCAGGCUUACGGAGAGAAGUCCCGGAGCCCCUUCCAGCAGGAGUGCCAGUCAUUGGAUGCCGCCGCAGCUGGGCACGGCUCUUUCAGCAAAUACCACCUCUUCAUGCAGAGGUCCUCCUGCAAAACACCGCCCGCGGACGACAAACUACUCCCGGAGAGGGGACACAACGGAGCGCUCGUCCCGUGCUAUGGUAAGGACAGUUCAGGCCUGACAGACUCUGAUUUGGCCCCAGACUCUGAUCCACCUGGAAUGGACUCCAGAUACUUGGCUGUGAAGGACCAGGGUGUCAAGUCGGCCUCUGAAAGGUCGCCGAGCAAUGACUUGGCGAGUCCACUGGAAAAAGUCGAUGGUGGCGAAAGCAACAAGGGCAAGAAGAGACGCAACCGCACCACCUUCACCAGCUACCAGCUGGAGGAACUGGAGAAGGUUUUCCAAAAGACGCACUAUCCUGACGUUUACGCCCGGGAGCAGCUUGCUUUGAGGACCGACCUGACUGAAGCCCGAGUGCAGGUGUGGUUCCAGAACCGAAGAGCAAAGUGGAGGAAGAGGGAGCGAUUUGGUCAGAUGCAGCAGGUCCGAACACAUUUCUCAACUGCUUACGAGCUGCCGCUCCUGACGCGUCCUGAGAACUACGCACAGAUCCAGAACCCCUCCUGGAUCGGCGGCAGCAGUGCAGCAUCUCCUGUCCCUGGCUGCGUUGUUCCCUGCGACACCGUGACCACCUGUAUGACCCCACACCCCCACUCUGCCAGUGGGGUCUCUGACUUCCUGGGCGUAUCAAGCCCCGGGGGACAUGUUGGACAGCCUCACAUGGGCAGCCUGUUUGGCGGCUCUCCUGGCAUGGCCGCAGGCAUCAACGCAUACGAUCUCAACAUGGAUCCCGACCGCAAAUCCUCCAGUAUCGCUGCUUUGCGUAUGAAAGCCAAAGAGCACAGUGCUGCCAUUUCUUGGGCAACAUGAUGCGCCGACGCACGCUGGAUGGGGGGAUCUUACGCGAACUAGGGGCACUAAAGUCAAAACUCUGCAGGAAGAAGUGAGUGCCUUUAUAAAUGCUGCAACAAAAAUGAUUAUGAGCAUCAGAGAUGACUGGCAGAGAUUUGCCAGGUUUCAGUGCCUCUGCUGGAGGAAAGUUGGUGUGAAAAGCCUGAUAGAAAGAAAUGCUGUGUGGUCCUAAAUACAGACAACGAGGAGGAUUUCAAACACUCUCUCAUGCACUUAUUUGCCCACGUUUAUUGUCUGUGCAUUGCUAUAAGUGUAUGCCGUUUUGAGUUUGGUGCUGUUUUCAUUUUUACUUUAUUUAAUUUUUUUUGUAGAAUUUUUUUCUGAAUUCUUUGUACUUUUACAGAUACAUCAACCAAAAAAAAAAACUGAAAGUCAUUGUUAAUUUUUUUUAAGCCACAAUGAUUUUUUUC